UUGCAAUUUUAAUGGACCGUAUGGGCCUGACCUCAAAAGCUUAUCGAUUUUAGGACAAAAAUAAUAAAAAAAACAAAUGGAGAGGCAUCAGGAAAAGGAGAUUCUAAAAGAAUAAAAACAUAUUCUCAAAGCAUCAGAAAAUGCCCAAAGCAACAGGGGAGCCUCUCUCCCUCCUUUAUUACCCCCCCUGAGACGAAACCCUAAUUUUCAAAAUUCACCAUCCCUAGAUGAAGCGCAUCGUCAGAAUCUCAGUCACCGACGCAGAAGCCACCGAUUCUUCCAGCGACGAAGACACGGAGGAGCCCUGCCGAGAAACAACAACAACAGCCCAGGUCCGCCGCCGCCGCGGGAAACGCCUCGUCAAGGAGAUCGUAAUCGACCCUCCCGAUUCCGACGACAACCGCGACGCCUGCAAGACGCGGUUCAAAAUCAGGAUCCCGGCGGAGUUUCUCAAGGCGACGGCGGAGGGGGGGAAGAAGAAGUUCCGCGGAGUGAGGCAGAGGCCGUGGGGGAAAUGGGCGGCUGAGAUCAGAUGCGGCCGAGCUCUCAAGGGACGGCGCGAUCGUCUCUGGCUUGGGACUUUCGACACGGCGGAGGAAGCUGCUCUUGCUUAUGAUAACGCGGCUGUUCAGCUUAUUGGACCUCACGCGCCGACCAAUUUCAGUUUCCCGGCGGAGAGUCAGGAGGUAAAGAUGGUGGCUGGCGCAUCCGCCGUAGCUCGAGUCGCGUGAAGUUGGGGAUUUGUUUUGUCAUUUAGUUGGUCGUGUUGAAUUAGCAAUGAAGGUCUGUUGUAAUGGACUUUGUAAAUGAAUCUGUCUGUGCUGAAUCUCCUCAUGUUGCUUGUGGUCUCUCAUGUUAUGGUCUCUCUGUGUAUGUGUUUGUUACAUCGACGACGAGAUUGAAACCCUGAUAUAAAGAUUAGGAAAGUUGGGGUUUUU